AUGAAACUUUAUCUGAGCUUGAUAUUUCUCGUUCUGUAUAAUGACUACUGCAUAGAAUGUGUUCAACCAUACUUUCCUGGUCAAAUUGUUUUUUCACCAAAUAAUGGCCAGAUGAUCUAUGGAAUUGACGAAGUCAAUCAACAAGCAUUCACCAUUAUGAAAUACGGCGCGACGGGAGUCGAGAAUGGCUUUGCAAUGAAACAAUUUCCGUAUUCAACACCUGAUUCUCCACAAGCGAAAUAUUAUGUUCAAUUAAUUCUCGAUUCCGCUCCACUCGGAUGCAUGUACGGAACAUAUUGGAAAUACGGUGGAAAUUCAUACAAUCUUUUCCCAUCACAUUGGGUUAACGGAACAUCGUUUACCAUCGGAAAUUACUUUUCAUUCAAAUAUGAAAUGAUACCUUCGACAAAUGCAUCUCGAGACGAAGAUUAUUGGUUUGCAAAGCAAACAUGUGAAGUCGACGGUGGACAAGUCUAUCCAUGUCAAGAGAUAUUUUUCAAAAAAGGUACUGACAUUCCACUUCGUUCUACUCAAGUGGUUCGUCGAGGUUGGGCCGUGUUUAAAGAGAUAACUAAUUAUCAGAUCAUAUCCAUGGGAAAACCAGAUGAGAAAUACUUUCAAUCGAUUCCACGAAAUUGGUCACGUGCAUGUCGCGAUGUUAACCUUGGACUUUUAUAUUAUCCUCAAACAAGUAAAAUCGAUGUACAACAGAGUUCGCAAGUUCAAAUCUGGUUGACAACACCACCACAUCGUAUUAAUGGAAGUGAUACUGUUACAGUUCAAUGGAAAUCUAUGAAUUGUGAAGAUUGUUUGAGUUGGACACCAAGUGAACUUUCGUUCAAUGGUAGAAAUUUUAAUGAAAAACAAACGUUAACAAUAACUCGAGUUAAAGCAGGUGAAAAAACAACGCUACAACCUAUUUUUACUGGUGGAGGUUUUGAUCUUGUUCUUCCUCAACUCUAUCCGAUUUAUGUAGAAUAA